AGCCUCCUUGCUUCCUAAACACUUGUAGAUUUUAUGCUGCAAACAUUGCAGGUCGGCGCAUCGCAUCUCUGGCUUCAGGGUCUAGAAUCCAUCAAUGAGGCUUGUGUUGCCUCGGAUUUAGUGGCCAUCCAGGAGCGCCGACUGAUCGGGCCUAUCUAACCUCGGCAACUCGCGGCCCCAGGUUUAGCUCCGCAUACAGAUAUCAGACAUCAUCCCCAUCUGUAUGGCUUUGAAAGAUCAUUGACGGUGUUAAGUUUAUCUGUUCACUACUUCCCUAAGUGCAAGUCGACCAGAGCAGUGCUACUAUGACUGACAGCCGACGGCCUCUGGGCCUGCUGUUCGACAUUGGAGGAGUGUGUGUUGUUUCCCCAUUUCAGGCCAUUUUGGACUACGAGCUGGCCCACAAUAUCCCCACAGGAUGGGUGAACUUCAGUAUCUCCCGCACUUCUCCGAACGGUAGUUGGCACAAACUCGAACGGGGCGAAAUCAAGAUGGAUGCCGAAUUCUUUGCGGGAUUCAACAAGGAUCUACGAGAUCCUGGGCUCUGGAAGGCAUUCCAUGAGAGACUUCAGGAAAAGCGCGCGGAUAACGCCCCAGUGUCGAUUCCGCCAUUACCCGCAAUCGAUGCGGAGGCCCUCUUCUGGGGAAUGAUGAAGGUGGCUCGGACGCCAGACCCGUAUAUGUUCCCUGCAUUGAAGAGAUUAAAGCAAUCGGGGCAGUUCGUCAUGGGUGCUCUGUCCAAUACAGUCAUCUUUCCUGAAGGCCAUCCCUACAAUGCGGAUCUUGACGACAGGAAAUCGCAGUUUGACUUCUUCAUCUCAUCUGCGCAUACCGGCCUCAGGAAGCCGGACGGGAAAAUAUAUCAGGUUGCGCUGCAAGAAAUGGAAACCAUAGCCCGGAAGAAAGGGAUGGACGGGAUCCGCCCGGCUGAUAUCGUUUUCCUGGAUGAUAUUGGGGAGAACCUGAAGGCUGCGAAGAAAGCCGGAAUGCGAACCCUCAAGGUCAAUUUGGGACGAAGUCAGGAUGCUGUUCAGGAGCUAGAGAGAAUGACAGGGCUCCGGUUGUUGGAUAGACCAGACAAGCCUCGGCUCUAAGGCUUGUUGAAUGCCGUCAUGUAUGCCUUUAGAGCAUGCGAAUCAUAAGAUUAGAAUCUAUGAAUGCUAGCGAGCACAUCUACAUU